AUGUUGUCAAAAGAAAUUGAACCAAGUGUUGAUCCUAAAUCAACCACUCCAUCUACAGAUGUGGAGUUGGACGACUUCAACAGAAAUCACAUUUCUGACGGGGAGAAUGGCCAACCCAACAAAGUCAAACCAACUGAGCAUCGUGGUAAUUUUGAUGGAGACACGCACACUGGAAAACUGCCUGGAAGAAGAGGAUCAGCUUUUGGGAGAGCAAGAGCUUCAUCAAUCACAAAGCUUACGCACUCAGUCGGCAAAAUUAUUGGUCUGAAAGAGGAGAGUAAUCAACAUGGUGUGAAUGACAGUAGUGGUGACAAGGACGAUUAUGCCAAACCACGUGGAUUCUCGCGUACAUCUUUGAACAGCAAUGCCGACUCUGUGGGAUCAAGGGAAUCCCAAGGAACCGAGGACGAUGUUUGGUUCCCCAUGGAGGAGAAACAAGUUAAGGUGCGUGGAAUAGAUUUUGGUGUCAUCGAUAAAUUCAUUGAGGAGGAAAAAGAACAUGCUGCUUUUCAAGGUCAAGACAGCCGCCGUGGAUCUUGUGUGCAUGGCUUAGCUAGUUUGAGAUACACUCCCGAGAAUGUAUUGAAGCUGAUUGUCAAGGGACCAGCAGCUAGAGAACAGAGCACUGCUAUAGCAGCGCCAACAUUUUCUGAGAAGGAUGACAACCUGGACUUCAAUCCUGAUGAUAUUUCUGAAAAAGACGUCAGGUUUGGUGGGACCCGAAUCGCUGAUGGCAUGAGUGAUGCUUUACCAGACAGAUUCUCUCUUUUCCAUUCCAAAUCGGAAGAGACUGUUCAUGCACAUGAUUUUCUGUCGCUUGUGUCAAACGGUGAAUCAAUACAAGAGCUUUUCCAUAAUGGAGAAGAAACUUGGUGGUUGGAUUGUACAUGUCCCACUGAUGCAGAAAUGAAGAUGCUAGCCCAAGCAUUUGGUAUUCACCCAUUGACAGCAGAGGAUAUUAGAAUGCAAGAAACUAGAGA